CUGCAGGGGAAAGAUAUGUAGCCUCAUUUCAAUGUAUUGUUAUACAAGAGCCUACACAUGCGUGGUAUGUGUUAUUUAUUCCUGUCCGUCCUGAGCCAAGUUCGCUCCGAGGACCUCAAAGUCAGUGGUCACGUCGGGCGCAAUGUCACGUUGCCCUGUGUCUACGACGCCCAAGAUCAUGGCCUCCUGGACUUCUGUUGGGGUCGAGGAAAGGUCCCCACUUUCAAAUGCUCAAACAGCAUCGUCUUCGCCAAAGAUGGGGCGGUACACAUCAUUAGUGGGUCUAGGUACAAGCUGCUGGGUCGCCUCAGUGAUGGAGACGUGUCCCUGACCAUCCGGAAUGCUCAACCCGAUGACGCCGGAGUGUACGGCUGCAGGGUCGAGCUGCCAGGGUGGUUCAACGACCAUAAAGUCAAUGCAUACUUGGCUGUGGAGGAAGCUGAAUCACCAUUGGAACAACCUGUUACUCAUGUCAUUUUGCCAGCAACAGCUAGAAGACAACAAAGGGAGCACAACGUCUCUGUAUUCGAACAUGCAGAAGGAGAUGAUUCAACAUUCAACAGUAAAGGCAAAGCUGAGGAUUCAUUCACAGCAUUCCAGGAAGUGGGCAACAUUUGCAGAGUUGCAGCUAUUGUCUCCCUCACUGUGCUCAUAAUCUUGAUCCCAAUCUUUAUUUUCUCAGGGAGACGACCUCGUCCAAUUCAAUUCUUAAAAACAUCAACGAUGGAGAAUGUGUAUGAAUUGGUCUAAAUUCCCUCGUUUUUGCUCUUCAACAUCGUUGCCUUGUGUCUGAGCUAUUUGUCAUUUUUAAAUACAAAGCGUAAAGAUGACAUUCUAAUCUCAGACGGCCGACGAACAUACGGUGUGUCAGAAAUGUUCCACAACUGGUGUCACAAAUUGGAACCCCAAACUACAAGUUUCCCCACUCAAUGUGGACCAGACGACCAACCAGACUACAAAGAGAUCUUGUGGCGUUUUGCUUCAUUUAAGCGACGAGAGUUGUGGCAGGACAACUCUGCCAUGCUGGACCAACCUCCUUAGUCGCCCGACUUGGCUCCGUGUGGUUUUUCCUCCUUCCCAAGCUCACGGGGGUCAUCAAGGGAAUGCGUUUUGAAGAUGUGGAUAACAUCAUUCAUAUUCGCUCACGUUAUUUGUGUUAUAAACCUCACAUUCUGUACAGUACAGUUUUAAGAUGCACAUGUAGUAGAAAACAUAUAACAUAAUGAUAACAUAUUAAAUUGAUUCUAUUAUAUUUGAAAACAUCUUGUUCCUUUAGUGUUAUAUGUUUGUGUUAUGUACUGUAUAUGUAAUCUGAUGUUAAUAUUUUCAUGCAUGCAGUGCCAGAAGGAGUGAGCGCUCCUUCAUUCAGCAAUCUAAGCCGAUUGAU